UUUACCUGCUGGGUUCAGAUCGCAGGUGUACUAGACCUUGGGGGAGGACGAAGAGCUAUGGCUAUGGCGGCCUCCUGGGGGUGUAAAAGAGUGUCAGCAGCGCCGGCGAUGUGCUCUUUCUUGCUGCUGGCGUUUGUCCUUGCACUCUCGGUGAUACCUAUGGCAGCAGCGUACGGGUUGGACGAUUUUUUCGCGGCUAUCAAUGAUUUCAAUUUGAUCUAUCAUGAGGUGAAAGGCGACGUGGUCCUCAACGCCUCCUUCCCACAGAUGGCCCCCCGCGAAAGCUUCACGCUGGUGGGCAAAGCGCCAGGUGGCAGACGUCCAGUGAUUGACGGAGCGUUUAAGGAGGGUGGAUUGAUCACUGUCGCUCUGACUUUGAGGAACUUACAAUUCAGGAACUUCAACGGAACGCAACCUAUUUUCUCUGCGUUGGGUCACGACCUGGCGGGGCAAGGUAACGGCGGCGCUGUCUAUUCGCAGUCCGCCGGGAGCGUGCUGAUCGAGAGCACGGUCUUUCUCAACAACCAGGUGACGGGAGCGGGAGGCAUGGGAGCGGGUGGUGCGCUAUCUAUUCCCUUUGCUACUCUUUACACAAUCACCAAUUGUACAUUCGACGGUAAUCGGGUUGAUGGGAUCGGGGGCGCGAUCGCGUCUAGCAACUGCAUCCGUGGGGAGAUCCUGCGCUCGAGCUUCUCGCGCAACUCCGCCUUCUCGACGAAAGGAGCUUACAAGCGAUACGCCACGGGCGGGGCCAUCGAUAUAUACGGCGACAACGUCACUGUCAUCACCGGAUGCUCGUUCACAGGUAACAAGGCGGCUGGCAGGCGAGGAGGAGCGGUGUCUAUGAUGCUGUAUCUGGCGGAGGCGACGAUCUCCGGCUCCAAGUUCGAGAAGAACGCCGCUGCGACAUACGGUGGGGCUGUGGGUGUGCGAGUCGUGCCCGGGAGGUUCAUGGAGGGCAAUCGUGGAUUUGCGCGGUAUAAAGGCGGGCCUCCGAGGAGUAGAGUGAACUUCUGCAGAGGGAACACGUACUCGAGGAACGUGGCGGGGAGUUCAGGCGCGGAGAACAUAUACGUGGACAUGCGCAACAACUCCGGGAGUGGGGUGACAUUCUGUCCGAGCGAGCCUCCUCUUGCUCUGAUCGAAGCGGAGACUGGCACGGUCACCAUCUCCUGCGCAUCCUGCUGAAAGAUCGCGGGUAGUCCCACUUACUUCGAUUCCUCCCCCCUGGCCGUCUAUCGUCGUAGUCCACGGCCAGAUACAAACGAUCAAUGCAAUUGUGGCCUCGCUCGAGAUGGAAGUCGGCGAGUCAGGGGGCAAUUUCCUCUAAACAGCUCGGCCCGAGCGAGCUCACUGGACGACAGAGAGAUGCGGUGGGCGUGUGUUAGAGAAGGGAAGUCGCCUGGCUUCGAACACUUCUACGAUAAAUAGAAAGGAAAUGU